GACUUCCGUAAAAUUUAGGCACAACCUUCCUCAUUGAAGCAUCAGCGAAGGUCUGAUAAGAUGGUGUCUUUCCGUGAUUAUGAAAUUUACUUACUCUUUCUUCUGCUAGUAAAGUUUCACGGGUCAGGUAAUUGUGAAAUUUAUUCUCCUGCAAAGGAUGUUACAGUGUUUUUUACCAAGUACUAUUUAAAGCUUAGAAACCGAAAACGCCGACCCUUAAUUUCUGAACGUGAUGUUUGUCAAAUGAUUGUUGUAUUUUAACUUUAAGAUAUGAUGUUGGGAUUUCAAUGACGUGUUAAAUGAAGUCUGAAUAACUAUGAAACGAUAGAAAUCAAGAACAGAGGAUAUUAUGCUUCAAGUGUAACAAUACCAUACGUUCAGGAUAUAACAUCAACAUGGAAACUUAGAAGUGCAAUAUAAUAUUGAUUAGUGUGAGUCGUGUUCUUAGCCAUGAUAAAAGUUACUGCUUUGUCAGUUGGCUUUCCAAUUCAAACAAGAUGGCUAUGGAAACCCAGGAAAGAGUUAUCCAUCACUCAUCAUAGGAAAGAGUUGUUAACAAUUUCUCCACUCAUUAUUAGUUCAAAAAAUGACCUCAGCAAGAAUAAUUACUGUUAGUUAAGUUGAAUGUGAUUUUUUCUCCAGGUAGCAAUCAUGUAAAGAAACUACAUAAUGCACUUGGUUGGAUAAUUGAGCUUUUCUUUGCUCAAUUACCAACAUGUAUGAAUUGUCUAUUGAAUUGACCAGUUUUUAGCUUUAUACACAUACGGUUGUGGUAUCCCACAGUAUUAGCCAUGGACUUCUUAUUUUUGUUUUAUAUUUAGAAAAAGGUGAAGUUUUACUAAGACCAAAGUUUUUGAAAUGUGUGUAUAUACAUGUCGGCUUAUAAUAUACAUACUGAGAUUUACUCCAAGCUAAAUUUGAAAAAAAAAUUGAUUUGUAAUGAACUGCACAAAUUCUGAUAGGUUACAUGGGUUUCCUCACAAGUGAGAAAUGAGCAUCUGACCAAUCACAAGUCAUAGAUGAAAUUUUUGAGCAGUAAAAAUAAUAGUAUGGGAUUUUUUGCCUUUGUGGUGUGGGGGCUUGCCAAAGUGAAUGAAAGUGAAUGAAAGUGAACGCCAGCAAUGUUUGCUGGGUGUAUACAGCUGUAGAAUCAUGACUUCAAAGUUAAAAACAAGAAGUCAGCUGUUGGUGUAAACAAGUUAAAUUCAUUUAUGAAGAUAACGUCAGAGAAAGCUGGAUUUCAUGAAAAUUGGUGAAAAUCUCUCUGAUUUCACCUUAUGUAAACUGAUCACAAUCUUUGUCAAAAUCUUUGCUUGAUCAAUUCCUGACAUUCAAAAUCUGAGGAACUAAAGUACAAUCAUCUCCAAAAUGGCACAAAAGACUUAAAUUUCAAGAUUCUGACCCUGAUUAAAGAAAGCAUUACACUCCACACAUGACAUGAUUGAUCAUUGCAUUGUUGUUUUUGCUGUUGUUGUUGUUUUAACUUGUGUUAUGUGAUGACUUCAAUGAUUAAAUACCAUUAGUAUAAUUGCUGAGGUGAUUAUAGAGAUGCACAUGCUCUUAUUGGUCAAGGAUUGCAUCAUACCUUGCUAUAAUCACCAUGUGUGGGUGAUAACAGCAAGAGCACUAAAUUUCAUAAUAGCUGCCUUGCAUUUUGUCAAAUGUCUGUGAGGAAGUGAUAAAAGCAAUAGUAGACAAUUAAACUGUGAAGAGCAUGAAAGAUAUUAAAUGAUUAGCAGAACACUUAAUUAAACAAAGGGAUGAAUUUUUUGCUGAUUGAAUGCAAAACGCCUCUUAAAACUGCUGGCUCAUCUUGAUACAGGUAAUCAACACAACUGUAACAAAAUCUGGGCAAUGCUUUCUUUAUUUACAGAAUUUAUAACAGAAUUUGAAAGCACCUGAGCAAUUACUGUAUACUUAAACAAUUAUUUGUUGAGGGUGAAGGGAAGAUCAAUAAACAAUAAUCACUUCACCUUUGGCCAAUAUUUCUUAAUUUUUAUUCAUUAUAAUUUAUGUUAUUUUACCUUGCUAAAUAUACCUUUGUUAUACACACUGUAGAACAGGGCAGAAAUAGGGAAAGAAGUGAUGUGUGUGGUCCAAUUUUCCAAUUUUAGGCAUGAUUUUUUUCAGCAGUGAACUUUAAAGCCAAUAAGAAUUUUGUCUUAGUCAUCAAGAACUCUUAAAUGGUUUCUUUAAUUUCUGUUGUUUUCUUCUUUCAUUUACAUCUUAUUUGAUGGGUAGGAUGCUCAGAUAAGACCAUAUAAGUUUUCAAAAAAUAGAAGCCAAAAGACUAGAAAGUGAAAUGAGAGGAAAAAUGAAUCCCUCAUUCAAUGGUUUAACAUUCAUUAAUAAUAUGUGUGGACACUUCCACUUUCCAUUUUCCACCUUGAUAAGUUCUUCCUCAAAAAAUUUCUUCAUGCAUACCACUGACUUAAAAAUUUUGGAAAUUCACCACAGUACACAGUUUGGAAAAUUAAAGAAAGUGGAACUGUCAAAAAUUAUUAUCAAAAGACACAAAUAGUUGCACAAUACUGUUAUUGAACCUUAUUUUUGUGCAAAUGAAAGUAUAUUUCGAGCUGAAUGACAUCAGUGAAUACCAAUGUAGGGCAUAUUUACACUUAUUGUUGUUACUGCUUACACCAAAAGUUUCUCCGUGGUGGACUCUGUUUAAGCUUUUCUUCCUAAAUGAUAUCCUCACAAUAUUAUGUUUAUGGUUGUCUAUUUUAGGGGGUACGAAUGUGUAUUUCACCCAGGAACCUUCUAAUCCAAGCUACUUUAACAUUGGUAGUGAUGCCAACCUGGUGUGGGACUACGCUGAUCCACAUAAUGAGAUUCAGUUCAUUGUCUAUAGUGUGGUGGUAGAUAAUAAAUUUGCCAAAUUGAUACUUAAUGACAGUCAAGGUGUCAGAGAAAAUCCUAAAAUUCCUUCACUUUACAAAGGAAGAGUUGAAAUUAAAGGAAGAGCUACCCUGGUUAUCAAGAACAUCAACCCCAGAGACAAUAGCAAAUUUAAAUGUGAAAUGCGGGCAGGCUCACCAGGGACAGUUGAAAGUGCAAUUCAGCUUAUUGUGGCAGGUACAUAUUACAAACAUAACCAUUAAUAAUAAAAAAAAAUCAAAUGCAUUCAAUUCAUGUCUCUCAUAUUUCUGAGAUAUGGAGAAAGUAAACAAUAGCAUAUAUUUGUGCAAAACAUUUAUAUGCAGGGCUGAAAGUAGUUAGCUAACCCAACUUUUGGGAACAAUAUUGGUACUUUUACUCGGCAUGUGACACAACACUCCUAAAAGGAGAAAGUAAACUCUACCAUUUACUAUGUUGUUUCUCAUUGAUAAGAAAUCAAAGAGUAAUUGCUUUAGGGCCUGCUCACAUGGAGGUGGGAGACCCCGAGUAGAUGAGGUAACCUGCCUAGGUGGGUAACCCGCCUGUCCAUAUAAUUUCUUAUUUUAUUUUGAUCACGUUUACGUGAUAGGUGGGGAUGCCUCUGCUCAAACUUCUUAAUUGCCAGCGCAACAACAACCUAAAGAAACCUCACCCCAGCACCCCGGGGUUGUAAGAUUGCAUGUAAACGCGUUUAUUUUUCAAGGCAGCGGGUUACCUUAACUACCUGGGGUCCCCCACCUUCAUAUAAACAGGCCUUUAUUCUUCUGGCACUAACCACUGGGUUGCUCUGUUAUGUAUAGAUAACUAUUAUUAAUAUGAAUACUGAGAAUUUCUCUUAGCAAAGCUAUCAAUUAAAAAUGGUCAGUCAAAACUAGAAACAAUCCGACGAGUUCUAUGAUUUUGCUAAAUCAGUGUAGGAGAAUAUUACAUGACCAAUCACAGGCAGUAUGUGAAAUUAAUUUGGUGUGAAAAAAAUGGCAUUGCUUUUCAAGCCUUUUAAAGGGACUUGCCAAAGGGAAUGAAAGAUGGCUUCACGCCUUUCUCUGCUUUCUGAGGAUUAUGAUCUUCAAGGUUUACAGAUGUAAAUUUAGUCAACAGAACAGUGACUUCCUCAAGUAAGUUCUGAGAUUAAGGAGCAAGUCGAGACUUGGAUUUGAUUUAUGUGCUGGAGCAAAAUUUUUAAAGUUAUGCAUGGAAGCAACAAACCAACAAAGUCUAUGAUCCAAGCUCUCUAUGCUCUUUGAAAGACGUUGAGCAUGCAAACAGAGAAUAAUUCAAUGAUGAUCAACUUGGCCAGGUGGGAAUGCUGCUCCUAGCAGACUGUUAGUCAUGGAUGUCAGUUCAACAGCUCUAAUUUUAUUGCUGACUUUGGUUGCUCCACUGAGAAACUGGCUGAGUUCCGCAAAGAGCUCCAAGGGACUAAAAGUGUUCCAUUUCAAUUUAGAGUAUGAAAAAUUUUUAGCUUAUGCAACCUAAACUUUUCAAGAAAUUUUCGUGUAUGAAACAGAAGCGUAGUGUUCUUUUAACAGACUCUUUAAUCUUCUCUCUGAGUGUUUUAACUUUCAUUUUCGAACACAGUAUCUUAGAUGUCCUAACAACCUUAAGAUCAUAGAAACAAGUGUGAUAUUAAGUAUGCAACUUCUUGGUCAUUUAACUGUGCUUCAAAAUUGAAAACAUUUGUGAUAUCUCAACGCUCAAAAAAAACCUAUUUAAAAACCUUUGCACGAAUUGAGUCCGACUGCACAUCGAGAGCAGGUCUCAGUUCUUGAAUAAAAAACAUUUCAUAAAGUUGGCUGUCAAAUUUAUUCGUACUCUUCUUUAAACAUCGUCUAUCGGUCGUGAGCACGGUUUUAAUGGUCAGCGAUUUGAAGCAUUUGAUUUAUAAGGUUGAAACUAAAUACAAAUGUUACGCGCGACAUUUCAGGAAAUGCUGCUUUCAUAAGAGCAGUUUUGCUUCGUUCGUACUUUUUAUUCGCGCAUAGCGUUAUGUGAUAAUGAUAAUGAUCGUCAUGACAAAUGGCUAAACUACCAAAAAUUCACAAAGCCAAGAGACCGAAUACAACACAAAGCCUGAGACCGAAUACCACAAUUACUACAAAUACUACGAAUACUCCCCUUCGUUUGAGUUGUAGCAGCUUUUCCGUGGCUUUUCGGCUUAAGCGGUCUGUUGGGUCAUUGUUCAGGAGUUUGUACGGUCCGAUCAGUGUUGACAUCUUAGAGUGGUAGCCUUUGUCUGCAGGUAGGAUCAUGAUGGAAUUGUCCUGUUUGAGACUUUUUGGCGCAUUUCGCAUUUCCGUUGUGAUACUAGGCUUGAGUGGUACGGCCUUUUGGAGUACGUUGUUCACGGUUCUUCGGACUGUGUCGGCUUGUUCCGCGUCGAGUGGUCUGAUGGCUGUUUCUACCUCUGCGAUUAUUUCUGUGGAGUCAGAGUCAGCGCCAACGCACUCUACGAUUGUUAUUCGAGUAUUGUCGAUUCAUUUAUUUUCAUUUGUUAAUGAAGUCGGCUUUCCUUUCCAGUAAAGGGCUAUUGUGUUUAUAUGAUAAACAAAAUAAUACAUGGUUGCUUAUAGAUAUGGAAUUUCUCUUCUCGUGUUCAACUCGAAGAGAAAUUCCAUAUCUACGCCCGCCCACGUAUUAUUCUCUAUUUAUUUUAUUGUAAUUGAGUAAAUUUUAACACUCGGUCCGAGUAAAAUUUGCUACGCCAUAUGAGGAAUGAUAAAUAGAGAAUUAUACACAGGCGCGCGUAGAUAUGAAAUUUCUCUUCGAGAAUUUAACUCGAUAGCUCACGAGUGAGCGCAGCGAACAGGUGAGAUGUCGCGUUUUUCCCCUUCUAGAAAAGUUUGAACCUCACUGUCUGUCAGCGAUAAGGAUUUUUCAUUGUUUUAACCGCCACAAUCCGAGAACGUUCCGACAAACUACCUUAUAUUGAGAAUCGUGAAGGCUUUGCCGAUCAUUCAUCAAAUUGACCGAGUGGCGCAAAAGGCGAGUGACGUGUCAGCAGCUGAUUAGCUAUAUCAACACACUUUUUCACGCGUGUUGUUACGACUUUUCUCAGGGCCGGAAAUCCCUGUAUAACACCGCAGUUUAUGUAAUAAAAUAUCUUUUACCUUUCAGAGGCACCACUUAUAAACAUCUCUUUAGGGGGAAAUUAUUACAUUGAAGGAUCCCCUGUCAUCAUAACCUGUGAAGCUUCUGGGAAACCACUGCCGGAUGUAGCAUGGAUUAGAAAUGGAGUACUGGAAAGUUCAGGGACGAAAGCUGCAAUUUUAAAGUUUGAUAAUAUAAACAGAACAGAUGCAGGAGAAUAUACAUGUCAAGCCAAUAACUCAGUGAAAGUCACUUCCAUUAACACAACAAUUGUAGUUCACUGU